AUGAAUGGAAUGAAUCACUCUGUAGUAUCAGAAUUUGUAUUUGUGGGACUCACUGACUCAUGGGAGAUUCAGCCUCUACUUUUUGUUUUCUCUUUGUUGUUCUACUUUGCAAGCAUGAUGGGAAACCUUGCCAUUGUAUUCACUGUAACCAUGGAUGCUCAUCUGCACUCCCCCAUGUAUUUCCUCCUGGCUAACCUCUCAAUCACUGAUAUGGCAUUUUGCUCAAUUACAGCCCCUAAGAUGAUUUGUGAUAUUUUCAAGAAGCACAAGGCCAUCUCCUUUUGGGGAUGUAUUACUCAGAUCUUCUUUAGCCAUGCUGUUGGGGCUGAGAUGGUGCUGCUCAUAGCCAUGGCCUUUGACAGAUACGUGGCCUUAUGUAAACCUCUGCACUACCUGACCAUCAUGAGCCCAAGAAUGUGUCUAUACUUUUUAGCCACUUCCUCGAUCAUUGGCCUUAUCCACUCAUUGGUCCAAUGUUUUGUGGUAGAUUUACCUUUUUGUGGUCCUAAUAUCUUUGACGGUUUUUACUGCGACCUCCCUCGGCUCCUCAGACUUGCCUGUACCAACACCCAAGAACUGGAGUUCGUGGUCACUGCCAAUAGUGGACUCAUUUCUGUGGGCUCCUUCAUCUUGCUGGUAAUUUCCUACAUCUUCGUUCUGUUCACUGUUUGGAAACAUUCUUCUGGUGGUCUAGCCAAGGCCCUCUCUACCCUGUCAGCUCAUGUCACUGUGGUCAUCUUGUUCUUUGGGCCACUGAUGUUUUUCUACAAAUGGCCUUCUCCCACAUCACACCUGGAUAAAUAUCUUGCUAUUUUUGAUGCAUUUGUUACUCCUUUUCUGAAUCCAGUUAUCUACACAUUCAGGAACAAAGACAUUAAACUGGCAAUGAGGAGACUGUGCAGUCGUCUUGCGCAUUUUACAAAGAUGUUGUAA